AUGCAUAUGCUUCCCUGUCUUCUUCUGGCUGCGUCGCAGCUCUUUUCGCCGGUAUCGGCUGCGUUGAGUAUCCACGGUGCAGAUAUCUCUUCGCUCAUUGUGGAAGAGAAUGCCGGGAUCUCGUAUAAGAAUGCUGCUGGGACAACGGGCAAACUGGAAGCUAUUAUCAAAGCUGCCGGUAUCAAUUCCGUCCGUCAGCGUGUCUGGGUCAAUCCCAGUGAUGGGUCUUACGAUCUUGACUACAAUGUCAAGUUGGCGAAGAGGGUGCAGGCACAGGGGAUGACUACCUAUCUUGAUUUGCAUUUCAGUGAUACUUGGGCUGAUCCGAGUGCUCAGACCACCCCAUCCGGCUGGUCCACAACCGACAUCGACACCCUCACCUGGCAAGUCUACAACUACACCCUUGAAGUAUGCAACACCUUCGCCGCCGACGGCCUAGACGUCUCAAUCGUCUCCAUCGGAAAUGAGAUCCGCGCCGGUCUCCUCUGGCCUCUCGGCUCAACAAGCAGUUACACCAACAUCGCAAAACUCCUACACUCUGCCGCCUGGGGCAUCAAAGAUUCCGACUUGGCCACCACGCCCAAGAUCAUGAUCCAUCUCGAUGACGGCUGGAACUGGUCUGAACAAUCUUACUUCUACAACAAGGUGCUGGCCUCUGGCUCGGCCCUGCUGUCCACAGACUUUGACUACAUUGGCGUCUCAUACUACCCCUUCUAUAGCGCGAGUGCCACACUCGCGUCGCUGAAGACUAGUCUGGCCAACUUGUACUCCACAUAUGGAAAGCAGACUAUUGUUGUUGAGACGAACUGGCCUUAUGCCUGCCCCAGUCCGGCUUAUGCGUUCCCCUCUGACCUGAGUGAUAUUCCGUUCUCUGUUGCUGGACAGCAGACUUUCUUGCAGCGACUUGCAGCUGCUGUUUCUGGAGUCUCGGGCUCACUGGGAAUCUACUACUGGGAACCUGCUUGGGUUGGUAAUGCUGGACUUGGAAGCAGUUGUUCGGAUAAUUUGUUGUUUGCUUGGUCGAAUGAUGCGGCUAGGGCUAGUUUGGCUACGUUGGGUACUGUUUAG